AUUGAGACCGGGCAUCCCUAACGUAUUAAUAUCCGGUAGCCAUCUUUAGAAAAAAAUAUACUCCUUUUCCGUUUUGUUGUCGUGAAAAUGACGGGUUUUAGCAAUAAGGUGAGAAAAAUUACUGAGAAUUUCCGAUCUUUCGUUAAAGUUAGUGUGUUAUUUAUUUAUUUUCGACGUGUGCUAAAUCUACUACGCGUUACAAAUAUUAAUAUAUUACUGAACAUGAACAUUUCUGUCAUUGCAAUACAUUGUACACGUGCUUCAGUAUCUUCAGCUUCAUCAGUUGAAAUGUAAAUUAUUUUAAAUACGUGUUAUUUGAUUUCAGUAUGUGCUAUUAAAUUACAGCUUGGUUUUAAUUAACAUGCCAUUGUAAUUGAUGGCCGUGGCCAUUUACUCGGCCGGCUGGCCGCAGUUAUCGCUAAAGUUUUGUUGGAAGGAAACAAAGUGAUAGUUGUUCGUUGUGAACAGCUAAACAUUUCUGGCAACUUCUUCAGGAACAAAUUGAAGUUCAUGUCAUUCCUGCGAAAAAGGUGCAAUGUCAAUCCAGCCCGUGGUCCUUUCCACUUCAGAGCACCUUCUAAGAUCUUGUGGAAGACUGUCAGAGGUAUGAUCCCACACAAGACUGAGCGUGGGAAGGAUGCACUAAGAAGGCUCCGUGCAUAUGAUGGAUGUCCACCACCGUAUGACAACCGACGUCGCGUGGUUGUCCCAGCUGCUCUUCGUGUCUUCUGUCUAAAACCAGGUCGCAAGUACUGCCAUGUGGGUCGUCUGUCGCAUGAAGUUGGCUGGAAGUACCGUGAAGUUGUUCGCAAGCUUGAAGACAAGAGAAAGAUCAAGGCUGUUAAACGAGUGGCAUAUGAGAGGAAGCUUAAGAAAAUCACCAAGACCGCUGGGGAAAAGGUGACAAAAACAACGGCGCCGUUCACAGCAGUCAUCCAAUCAUAUGGAUACAACUAACUCUUAAGUGAAUUUUACAAAAAUAAACCUUUGGUUGCCCAGAACUUACUUUU